AAGUGCAAAGCAGAACAGAGGCCUGGCAGUCUGAUCUUUCCCUGCCCGGCUGCCCCUCCCUCCCUUUUCAUAGGUCGUCGACCGACUCGAUGCCCAUCACCCUUUAAUUCCCUCUGCGGCUUCUUCUUAAUUUCUUCUGCAGAAAAUCUUCAUAUUCAAGCUGAUGAGAAGCUAAGGAGUGGUUGCCAACCAGAGUUUCAAAAUGGAAACGAGGCUCAAGCUUCGGUUGUCCAGAUUACUGCGUUCCUCCUUCCAUUCUUGCAAGUCUGGAAACCCAAUGGACUCAGUGCAAGAACCGGUGUUUCUUGCCAACCAUGGCAGCGAUCUCCUUCCCCUCCUUCCCUGUAGUGAGAAAGCAGGGGCAGCAGGGCUCCCGCUGGGCGUCGCAAUUGGGUGGGGCUGCAGGCCUCGCCGGCUGCCGGGAUCGACGGCGACUACUGCAACGACGUCCGCCUCUGAUCAGUUAGACAUGUCUGAAGACGACGAGUCACUCGUUGAGUUCCUGCACCUGGUGGAGACGCGUAAGGCGAUGUUAGAAGCGAGAGCCAAGAGCAGCGAAGGGUGCGAGGGUGAGGACCAAAGCAGUGAUGACGGAAGAAGCAGCCGUCGGGUCUCGCCUAGCGCCGUCUCCGUUACCGCUGAACAUGCCAACUACUGCGGGACAGGUGAACCUAACGAUGCUCGUCGUGUUGAUAAGAAUGAUGGAAGGAAGGUGCUCAGUGGCAGCCAGGAGAGGAAGAUGGAAAAGACCAAGACGAAGAAGAAGAAGGCAGCGAAGAAAAAGAAACAAAGGAAAGAAUCCUGUAGAGUCAGGAGGAAGGCUCGUAACGGAGACAGGAAUCUGCAGAGCACGUCCUCUUCUGACAGCGGGUGGUUCAGCAGCCAGGAAGACAAGCAGCAAAGAAUCGAUGGCAGAGAGACGGAGGCACUCUUCUCCUCGAAGAGCGGUUCGUCGGAGUCGUCGGAGCUCCGCCCCGUCGAUGGCAGCAGCUGCGUCGGCUCUACCUCCAACAGGCACCAGAGACGCCCUAGAAGAAAAAGAGAGAAGAAGCAGAGCAGGGCUCCCCAACUCAACCCCACAGCUUCUUCAUCUUCUUCCUCAUCCUGCUCUUCCUCAGCUUCCUGCUGCUGCUGCUCGUACGGAGCAGGGGCUGAUUACACGAUGAACCAGAAGGUGAAUGACAGCGUGGCAGUGGUUAAGCGUUCGAACGACCCCUACAGUGACUUCAGGGAGUCGAUGGUGGAGAUGAUCAUUGAGAAGCAAAUCUUCGACCAUGGCGAUCUGAAGCAGCUCCUCCACUGCUUCCUUUCCCUGAAUUCUCAGUACCACCAUCCCGUCAUCAUCGACGUCUUCUGGGAAAUUUGGCACGCUCUGUUCAGCGCCUAGGCUCGCUCUCUUCGCUUGAUCAUUUCUCCACUGUGCUUGUGGAGCACUCUUCUCUAUGACUCUGCUAAUAAGUUUUUCUGUCCCUCAUGUGUUUUCAUACGUACGUUAACUUUGUAUGUCGUCUUCAUUAAUUCCAUGUGACUCUGUUCUGUUCUCUACCAAUGCCGAUUACCAGAAUCCAAUCUUUCC